AUGUCCAACAUCAUUCACAAAGUAUCAGACAAACUUAUGGGUCAUGACCAGCAUGACGACGAGCGCGACACCCAGGGAAAUCGCUUGAGUCAGCAGCAACAGCAGCAACGCGACGAUGGUACGAUGCCUCUACCUUCUCAGCACAUGGGUGGCUCUUCCGAAACAACCUCUGGUCACCAAAUGCAGAGCAAACACGGCGGGUACCGUCAGCAGGAACACGACUUGCAAGGUGACACCUCUGAUUUUUCUGCAAACCGUUCCAACCCCAUGCAGGGACAGCAGAUGCCAGGCCCUGUGAUGGGUGGUAGUGACGUUGGCAACGACGCUUGGGACGAGGACGAAGAUGUGGGUGACGACCAACGUAGAGGCACGCGCAGAAAGGACGACUACGCUGACGAAUUCCAAAAACGCUACUGGUGA